CGUGACCGCGCUGGUGCUGAUGCUGCGUGCAUGAGGCAGCACUUUUCCCGCCUCCAGAUCGUCAGACUGCGUCCAGCGCCGAAGUGUCAUGACGUGAGCGUCCGCCCGCCUCCUCAUCAUCACUUUUAUCAUCAUCGUCUUGCUGCUCCUCCUCAUCCCUGCAUGACAGCAUUGGAGCAUCAGGCAAUCAGAAAACGCUGAGUCAUGUCCGCCGGCCUGGACGACAGCGACAGCGUGUUUGAGCUGAAUUCGGUGAUUCCCGAGACAGAGCUGCUGGACAACAGCAUUCAGAAGGGGCGAGCGCAGCUCAGCCGGAGGCACCGCCCCUCUCGCUCCCGUUGCCAUGACAGCGUCAGCUCCAAUGACGACAACGGCGAUGACAGUUUGGACAGGAAACAGGACAAUGCAACGUUCUCUGUCCACUCUCCUCUCCAAGUGACAAUGCGAGGCUCUUCUCCUUCCCCCGAUUUGCUGCUGUCGCCACGUAGCUCCCCCUUCACCUUUGACACGUCACUGGUGGGUCACUCACAUGUCAGCAUUAAAAAUGCGGGAAAAAGAAACCAUCCACUACAGACUGAUAUUUCUCAGGUGCGUCGCUUGCCGGAUGAUGCCGGCUUGUCAUUGGCUGUGGCCCCAAGGCCACGGUACCACCAACUAACCAAUGACACGACUCAAGAGGCUCUGGCCACGUCUGCGGGCUUACUUUCCAAGUCCUGCCCUGCCUCCUCUGACGCCUCGCCCGUUUACACUCGAAGGAGCAGGAGGCCGGACAGCGAAGUUCUGGUGUCCGAGUCCAGUCGAGAGUCGAGUCCUGCCGACCCUCUUCCCGUACUGAUGGACCAGAAAACCAAAAGACGCUUCCAGGAUUUGGGUGUGACGCUCAGGCGCUCGUACCUUCGAGUGAAGAAGGAUAAACUAGACAAAAGAGACAAACGGGCCAGCGAGGGGGGUGGCAGGGACACGUCCGACAGUUUCCAAGGGCGAGAGUGUUCAUCGUCAUCUUCACGAACGUCCACAUCCUUCGUCUCCUUUUCCUGGUUUUCUUCAUCGGGAACGUCACCCGGAUCUCCGCGAAUGCACCCCGCCACUGAACACGCGCCUCCAAAGUCUUGCUCACAGGAAUCAACUUUGAGCGAGGACUUUUCGCCUCCUCAGACGUCCUCGUCCGUGUGUCCUCACGUGGAGUUGUCCUCCUCUAUGUCCUCCUCGCACCCUUACCAAACACUGUCGCAGUCUUCUGACGAGCUGGCCGACGAGGCGCCGUCCGCGGUGGCGUCGUGGACGAGCCAGCAGGUAUGCGAGUGGCUGCGGGAGCUAAGCAUGGACCAGUACGUCCCCGAAUUCCGAGCUGGACACGUGGACGGACACUCACUACUCCAGUUGGAUGGCGGAAAGCUCAAGGGUCUCGGCGUGCUGAGUUCGUGCGACCGUGGCGCUCUCAAGCGGCGGAUCAAAGUCUUGCAGGCGGCGGCCGACAAGAACAAGAAGGGCAAGGACAAAGAUAAAGAGCGCCGCAAGCAGCGCGAGGAGCGCUGGAACUGAAUGCCGCCACCCGCCCAAAGUUGGGGUGGGGUGGAUGGCAGUCAGAAGAGGGACGGAUGGCGUGCGGCCUUGUUACGAAUGGGAUGUUCAAAUAUGGUCAAAGUGCAGGUGUCUCUCUCCCACCUAUGCAAAAGAGACGCAAAUGGUUUUGUGUGCAAGAUGCAUCUUGUCAUGAGCGUGCUUUCCAAUAAAAGGCCCCUAUUGCGAAAGAA